AACAGCCAUGCACACGAUGAAGCCAGUCAUGCUGAUGAUGGUAUUUUGUUCGUCGCUUCUCUUCACUUGCAACUGCAGCAACGUCAAUAACCCAACAAAAGAUUUCUUUAAAGAUAUGGAAGAGAGACCAAUCCUGCUGUACCAGUGCUACCACAGCGGAUUCAGCAUUGAUCCACCAGGAUCUACUAACUUUACUAUUCUGUUUGACGGCACAAAUCCAAGCACAACAAGCAUUGUUGGUACCACGUGGUCUGCGACGAAGGGAACUCCGAACUCUUACGUCAUUGGUUCUCUUCAGGCCUAUUAUGAUCCAACUACCGAUCAAGCUGUGCUCACUACAUCAUCCUUUGAGGAAUACAUUACUGUUCUGGAUCCAUUCGUGGGCAAGACUCUCUACAUCAAAAUCGAAGAAGUCACCAACAAAGACACUGUGGUCUACAAAAUAUAUGAUACCGAUUUUAAAUGCAAGAAUGCAAAGAAACUCUUGAAAGAAGUGUGUCCAGACCCUUGCGACAUGGAGCUGACCCGAGAAAUUUCCAACAAUUGAAACUAGAAUCAGUCGGAAAAAAUUUGCCUGGUACUCCUCUGCAUUUUUAUUCCAGAAAUUAGGACGAUAUCCUGCAUCUAGCCUAGAAACCUUCAAUGUACACUAGACGCCUGAUGCACCUUAUUCCACUUGCACCCGUUUUCUUUAAUAAAAUAUAUCUUAAUGAAAACUGGCAA